AUGGCUCUUAAGCGCAUCAACAAGGAACUCACUGAUCUCGGCCGUGACCCGCCGUCUUCUUGCUCCGCUGGCCCUGUCGGCGAAGACCUGUUCCACUGGCAAGCGACUAUCAUGGGUCCUGGUGACUCUCCUUACUCGGGCGGCGUUUUCUUCCUUGCCAUCCACUUCCCUACCGACUACCCCUUCAAGCCUCCCAAGGUCAACUUUACCACAAGGAUCUACCACCCCAACAUCAACUCUAACGGAAGCAUCUGUCUCGAUAUUCUGCGUGACCAGUGGAGCCCAGCGUUGACGAUUUCCAAGGUUCUCCUUUCCAUCUGCUCGAUGCUGACGGACCCCAACCCCGAUGACCCUCUUGUCCCCGAGAUUGCCCACGUAUACAAGACUGACCGCCCGCGGUACGAGGCUACGGCCCGCGAGUGGACUCGAAAGUAUGCCAUCUAG